CUGAGAGACAUGAAGCUUGCCCUUGAGCUGGAUAUGCCAGUGAAUGGCAUCAAGGGUCCAUCGCCCCUGAUAAACCUUAAUUUGUUCAAUCCAGUGUUGAGCCAGGCAGUUGACUACAUGCACUGUGUGCUGCUUGGAGUGACAAGGCAGCUUACCGAGUUUUGGCUGGACAGUGCAAACUCCCAGGAGCCGUUCUACAUCGGUGCUCCUUCAACUAUAGCCAAGCUGGAUAAACGUCUCCUGAGUAUUUGCCCACCCCACUGCUUCACACGGCUGCCACGGUCCUUGGCAGACAGGUGCUUCUGGAAGGCGAGCGAGUGGAAGAACUGGCUGCUCUACUACUCUCUGCCAACAGUACUUGGAGUGCUGCCGCCGCGGUUCUGGAGGCACAUGUCAAUGCUGGCCGAAGCCAUUUUCACUCUGCUCAAGAGUGAAAUUUCACCAACUGAUCUUCAAUGUGCAGGUCACCUGCUUGAAUCAUUUGUGUGCAGAGCUGCAAACCUCUAUGGGACUCGCUUCAUGACUUUUAACGUCCACCAGCUUCGCCAUCUGACGUCAAGCGUGGAGCAUCUGGGUCCCCUUUGGGCAAACUCAGCGUUUCCCUUCGAAGCAGGGAAUGGGAAGCUCACAAAGAUGGUAAAGGCAGCAAAAGGAGCUCCGACACAAAUACUGGAGAGAGUCACUCUGGAAGGAGAGCUGGAGCUUGCGCUGCAUUUGCUUUCUCUUCCGCAUGAUGUGGUGAGGUUUUGCGAAAGACUGCUUGGCAAUGUUCCUAUUAAGAAAGUGACUCGAAUUGAUAAUGUAUGCUUAUUUGGAGCACCAGUUACAGCUAUGUUGUCCGAGCGGGAACUGCAAUCUGUGCAAAAUUUCUUGGACACAACAUGUGCUGUAAUUGAGGAAUAUUCAAGAAUGAGCUUUGAAGGCACAAUUAUACACAGCCAGCAGUAUAGAAAAGCAAAGAAAAGUGACUGUUCUGUCGUUGCAAGCCAUGAUGGGAAAUUUUUUAUAGUUUCCCAUAUAUUGCAUGUAAUUGACGGCAUUUCUGGCGUGGUUCUCUUGCUUUGUCAGAAACUGGGAAUUGGUGAAAAUGCUGAUGGUUUUCCUCCUCACAUCCAAGAGUGUUUUUUGUCGCCUGUUGACACUUGUGUUGUUUUAAAGCCCGCUUCUGUUGCAAUGCCGGCUUUGUUUAUAGACUUUGAGGCUGAAAGCAAGCAGUAUGUAUGUGCAUUGCCCAACAUUGUAGAACGGGAUUGAACUGAAGUACAAAAACAAAAGUCUCUGCGUCACUGUAUUUACGGAAAUCUAACUAGCACGUUUUUUCUGAGAAACUGUGUUCAAAAAUAACCUGAACUUAUAUAAAACAAAAGCUGUGUGUAUGGCCACCAGCGUUUGUGGCAUUGUGGAAAGCUCGGUAUCUGCAAGAACGCUCGCUG